AUGCAGGAUUCUACGGCAUUCAUGACGUUGGAAAAGGCGGUGGGGCAAACCAUUCAGACAUUCCCAGAUGGAAUUCAAGCCAGCCCACGAUGGAGCCCUCGCAGUGUGAACUCGUCCCGAGGCCUUGGUGUGAAUCUCAAUCUCUCCAAGGUGGAAGGGACCCCUAAACGGAAAAGUCCGGCCUCGCCCCGUGAGAAUGCGACCCUAUCCGAGAUGCGCUUCGCUAACCGAACCCCACAGAAGGCUCAGAGCGGCAAGGCCAGGCCCCCCCCUCCCCGUGGAGCCGUCUCAUGGGCGUCAGAUGAGCACUACGGGUAUCGUACCACCCAACGCCCUCCUUUCCUUGCGCUGACGGAAGGGCUCUCCCCCAGUCUGGAGCCCCUCACAUUAUCCACCGUCCUCGAUCAAAAGCUUCUGGAGCUGCUCAAGGUGAUCGUCCCCACCCAGGCGGAGCGGGAGCGUCGGCUGCGGGUGCUGCGCGAUCUGGAGCGGACCCUCGCCCCCAUAGGGCUUCACGUGGAGGCCUUCGGGAGCACCCUCACCGGGUUGACCACGAUGGAGAGCGACCUGGAUUGCGUGAUGAUACGAAACGAGGGGUUCAUACCGGGAGGGGCGGAGAUCUCCCCCAAGGUGGAGGACGCCCUGAAAUCCGCCGAGUCCGACAACACCUCAAUGGGGGUGCUCAGAAGGGAAGUCGCGGCGGGGGUGCAAGCCGUCGCGAAAGUGAUGCGUCGCGCACGAGCGUUCAACAAAAUUCUCGCCAUUGCGCACGCUAAGGUGCCCAUUGUGAAGUGUCUCCACCUCAAUACGGGGAUCAACGUGGACCUCUCCUUCGUGCGCGAUGGGCUCCGCUCGUCAUACUUUCUCUGCACGGAAUAUAUGCGGCCGGGGAAUGAGAUGGCCAGGGCGCUUACCGUGCUCGUGAAAACCGCGGUCGCGAGCAGUGGUCUUGGGGACCCGAGCAAAGGGGGGUUGGGCUCCUUCCCCAUUGCGCUUAUGGUGUUGUUUUUCUUGCAAACUGAGGUCAUGGAAAAGUAUCCGGACGCACUUCAGCGCAGCCUCGCCGUCCUCUUUUCCGGGUUUAUGAAGUUUUAUGGACGGAACUUUGAUUUUCAACGCCAGGGUAUCGAUUACAUUCAGCGAAAGACUUUUAAAAAGUCAUUUCUGGAGGGACUCUAUAUAAUUAAUCCCAUUUGUCCGGGGGUGAAUUGCGCCAGAGCCGCUGAGCGUUACGCUCAAGCUGUCAUCCCCUUUUUCAGUAAGACUGCGGAUAAACUCUGUUCCUUGCUAGACGAGCACGUCUCUGAGUCUCACGUUGAGGGGGUCCUUUCAGGUCUCUUUCGAAACGUUCUUUCUUACUAUGGCGGCUGGUUUCGAGUCUGUGAGACAGCAAAAAAAUACCGGGAUGAACCACAACAUCAAUGGGAUUCAACAGCAAACAUGUAUGUUGGUGGUCUUGUGGAUAACCUUAUAUAG